AUGAAGAACCCCAAAGAUAUGACAGAUGAAGAGCUCUAUCAUGCUCUGAAAGCACGCAGAAUUCGUCUAGGGGUAGCCAAAGAAAUAUCUACUACAUAUUCACCCACCCGCGUUGUACUCACCACCCUCUUUAACCCCUUGCAUGCUAUGACCAAAGCUAGUAUUAACACCGGUGGUUCCCUGACCCAUGAUUACACUCAACUUAAAUGUACUGAGAUUUCCAAAGAACUUGAGAGACGCGGAUUAGACUCCAAGAAGUAUGAAAAUGAUACCGAAACAGUUGAAACAACCAAUAAAUGGGUUAGAGUUUGGAAAAGUGUAAAAAUACUUGGUACAAUUGUUGCUAUUGAUUGGUCGGAGAUUCAUGAUAUGAUUUCGUUGGUCAGUGAUAUUGGUGACGUGGUCGGCGACUUUAGCGAAGUUAUAAACAACAUAAGUGAAUUAAUCUUGGACAUUACCGAAAGUUCAGGGGAUGCAAUGGAUCACAUUGAUAUUGCGGUGGACGUAGUCGAGACUACUUAUCACUCUCAUGAAUUGGUCAAUCAUAUCGCUGAAGGAGUCGAGCAUGCGAACAAUAUUGCAGAUAACUUCCAGAUGGAUGGAGGCACUAUUCAAGAUUUAGCGGGCGAAAACGUUCAGCAAAUAAUGAAUAAAUUGAACGGAAUUAGUCUAGAAAGUGUGAAAACCACCGUUAACUCGAUAUUUGUAAAUGGUGAUUUAAAAACUGUGGGGACGGCUAUGGAAAUCUCGGAAGUUGCCAAUGAUGGCAUCAGUCUUGCCAAUGACAUUAAGAAUGAAAAGUCACCCGCGAACGAUGAUUCUGUUAGCACCAACAAUGACGGGAAAAGAUGCAUCAUUGAUGCACACCUUCAAAGUAUUUAUGAGGUAGCUCAAGCUGCCAACAAAAAUAUUAACGAUGUAAGUCAAGCUGCCAACAAAAAUAUCAUCGAAAUAACUCAAUCCGCCACAGAAACCAUCAACCAAAUUUUAAUAAAGAAAAAUUCCGAGGGUAAAAAUUGA